CGCUUCUCGUCCAGUCUCUCGCAAUCUCCCCUAUCGCAUGACGCUCGGAAGCUUGCCUUGAUAAUAGUGUGGAUGUGGGCUUAAUAUCAUCAAUCGCUCUCAACUGACAGGAUGGGUGUUGACCCUCUGUCCCCAAUUGCGCCCGUGCGCCUCAGGGCGCUCCUCCUUCCCAUAGGCAAGAUCAAGCGCUCGCGCUUUUUGAGCUUCGCCGCCCGACUACAAGCUGAAAAUGUAGUCCGACUAGGGGAUAUUAGUCCGGAUGCGCGGCCAAACAGAAACAUGUUCUCACCGCUGGCAUUUCCUACCGGCUUGAUUCUUUAUGACCUUUCCUUCUCGGUCCCCCCGACCUCGCAUCUCGAGCUAUUUCCUUUUGAACUAUAUAGAGAGCCAUUGGUAAUUAUUGCGAUCGCAGAUGGGUCUGAACUCCCCGAAAGCACUGGCGCAGAGCAAAAGCACCCCACUCCUGAGGGGCUAUAUCAAUUAUUGGAAGAGCUUGAUGGAGUGAAGGAGAUAAACCCACGGGCUUUGGUACACCAGCUCUUGGUAUUUGAUCACCAUGGCUUGGACAAGAUUACGAAUGGACCGGAUAAUGUCCUUUGGGUUCCUCCGCCCCAGGUCUCGAAGGCCACGACAAUGAAGACAGUUCUAUGCGAUAUUACUUCUGUUUUACUCUCCGAAUUGGAUGGAUUUGCAAAGACCAUACAAACCAUACCGACAAUCGAGUCACCUAAAGCAUCUUCAUGGGGCCCGCACCGGAACCCAGAACUACGGCCACGGCCAGUGGAUCGACUUCUGAACCGUAUGACUCUGCCCGCACAGUUACCAUCGAGUCCCCACGGUACACGAGAUGGCACCCCAUUGAGCUCCAACGGCAGCUCCCCAGCUCCUAGCGAUCAUGAGACUCCUACAACCUUUGAUGAGAUCACUCGGGCAAUUCACCUAUCCAGUCGUACAAAUUCACGGAGCAGAGCACCUUCAACGGCAUCCCCGAAGGAGCAUAGUCGUGAUCGGAUGUCUGUUAGUGGCAUGAGUGCUACUGACAGAACCAAGAACCGGAUCAAGGGUCGAGCCGGGGUGAUAAUCGGAACUCUUUUCCUGCAGGCGGGAAGGUGGCCCGAUGCCCUCAAGGAACUGACCGAAGCCGUGAAUAACGCUCGAGCAAGCAGCGACUACAUCUGGCAUGCUAAGGCUCUCGAAACGAUUCUUCUUUGUCUACUGAUGUUUGGGUGGGCAGGAAUGGACUUCCAGAUACCAUCAGUCCUGUACCCUGUUGCGGACAAAUCCUCCAAACCUUCCCGCGACUCAACGACUCCUAGUGGCGCUGGGAAUAGGAUAAUCUCUUUGCAUAACCUAGCCAAUCUCCUGCCAGAUCUCUCUAACAACAUCUUAAACCUUUAUACACGCGCUGCAAAUAUCACAGAUGAGCCUCUUCCGCAGUUGGUGUUCUCGGAGACGGUGAUUCGAUUAGCGCGGCUGAUGGUGUCGGCUCGUGUUCGUGAUGGGGCUUUGGAUGACAAUGCUUUGAAGCACAUCGUGAUGAAUGAACAAUUGGUUCCAUUGCUACAGCUGGAGCUUCCUCGAGGAACUGUUUUGCUCCGCAAGUCCGAGAUUGCUAACUUCUUGUACCGGGCUUUGCCGCUUUCCCCUGGUGCGGACCUACCUGCAACUGAUGCCGUUCCCAUCAUUGUUGGCGUUGUUGCUGUUCUUAAUAUCCUUGACCUGCCUAGAAAGAAAGCCUUCAUUUUGCGUGAGCUUCUUUCAGUAAUGGUACCAAGUCUAGUGCAAGCACGCAAAAUUGGUGCCGCGGAGGUAGGCAUUCAUCCUGCUGCUGGGUUGGCAUCUCUCAGCGACACAGCAUUUGAUGUGAAUGCCCUGGACACAGGGUCUGGGAAUAUGGAGUCAAGCGUGCGUCUCCUUCUUGCGACUAUUGGAGAAAUAUACGGUGUCCAACCUUCGUCGUUCUACGAAUGGGAGAAGAGGCAAAGCAAAUCAUCUGGUGUCAGCGGGCAGCAGGAAAGCUCUGGAUAUGAUUCAGUUGCUAGUAUUGCCGAGCGAGCAUUCCGACAUGUAGUUCUCGAUCGUUAUGGUGAUCUGAACUUGAAAAUUGAUGUCUUGAAAGCAUGUAUAAACUGCUGCGAAGCCCUUCCAGAUUUCAAUGGAGUUCUUCGUUUCACGGUUGAGCUUCUACAAACUAUUCGGGGAGAUAUGAUGCUGGGUGAAGCAAUCAGAUCCCCGCCGUAUCUACCGCAAGACGAACAAGUCCGUCUUUUGAACAACAUUAAGCGUACUGUGGGCGCAGGCACCAGACUAGGUGUUUCCGAUCUGGUUGCAGAGUACUGGGAUGACUUCCUAGUACGUGAUGUCCAGUUAUUGUCACUUGCGGAUCCAAAAAAGCCUGUUCGGCGGUCCAAAACUGAACUGGAUGCGGUCACCACAAGUUCGGACAAGGCGAAAAAGGAUCCGUUUUUGUACAACCCCUUCGCCAAGCCUACCAGCAAGGCAUUGGAAAUGCUCACUGUCGCAGAUGAACCUGCGCCGUUCCAAGUAACUCUGCAAAACCCUUACGAAUUUGAGAUCGAGAUUGAACAUUUACGCUUAGAGAGCACCGGAGUGUCGUUUGAUGCUGUGGCAGAGAAUUUUGUCAUCGCUCCCCUUUCUGUGCAGGAUAUCACUGUUUUUGGUGUCGCCCAUGGGGAAGGUAGCCUUCAGAUUACAGGAUGUAUCGUGAAAGUGCGACACUGUCGUACGCGAAGGUUCCCCAUCUUCAAGACAUUUUGGAAACCCGAGCCUGAGGUCAAGUUUAAGCGAACGGGUCUGGGGGCAAAGAAGCCUCUUACAGAGCGCCCGGUUUCCUGGAGCUCAACGACAUCGAAGGAUGGCAAGGUUGAUGUCAAGAAAGGUCCUGAAACAUCAACAUGUGAAGUCAAGGUCAUCGCCAAACAGCCGUCACUUGUGAUCGAAUCUAUGUCUCUAUCGCAGUCUGCGAUGAUGGUCCUUGAAGGUGAAGUCAAAAGCUUCACCAUUACACUUCAAAAUGCCUCUUCGUGCCCCGUGGACUUUGUACUAUUCACCUUCCAAGAUUCAACCACCAGACAGCUACAGUCUGCAUUGAGUAACAGGGAUCUAUUGCCGGUUGAGAUCUACGAGCUGGAGCUCAAAUUAGCAACCAAGCCCGCUUUGCGAUGGCGCCGGCAGGGCGAGGAUCCCAAUGAUUGUUCGAUUGCAGCAGGCCAGAAGGCAACCUUCACCGUUGACGUUCUCGGAAAGCCUGGUUUGCAGGAUACGACAGUCCAGAUCGAUUAUUCCUGCCCCCGGGGUGAAUUGCCGGAUAUAUUCUAUACCCGACAGCUGUUUGUGCCGUUGACAGUCACGGUCAACGCGAGCGUUGAGGUUGCCCGCUGUGACAUUCUUCCGUUUAGUGGUGAUUUCGCCUGGAAGAACAAUAUUGAUUCAUCUGCCGGCAUCGAUUCUAUACAAAAGCCGGAUGCGUUGCUCUCCACCACUGACAACGACCCCUUCUCGCAAGUCCUCGGGCGUCUCGGUAACGGGGCUUAUGGGCCUGAUCACUGUGUCGUAUUGCUUGACCUGCGCAACGCAUGGCCGAGUCCUCUAUCGGUGUGGUUGCGCGUAAGUGAACAAACGAUGGCAAUUCUCCCACCGGAUGCAACAACCGAGGAUGAUCCUGAGGGCAAAUACUCUGUCGACGGGGAGCUCCAACCCGGGCAAGUUUGUCGGUUUGUUCUGGUUUUGCCUCGCAUCUACUUAGAUAACCCACAUGCCUCUAUCCCCGUCGUCAACACCGGCACUCGGAGACAAUUCGUCGUCAGUGCCAACAAACUCUCUUUCGAAGCCGAGGCGGCGUCGCGCGAGGCCUUCUGGUUCCGGGAAGAGCUCCUCAAGAGAGUCCUGGGAGGCUGGAAAGAACAUGCCACCGGCCGCGAGGGAUCCAUCGAUCUCCGAAACGUCCGAUUGAACAACCGUAUGGUCGAAGCCAUGCGUCUCGAAGACGUCGAAAUGCAAUUCUCUCUGACCUCGCCAUCAUCUUCACCCGAGACCUCCGACGCAGUGGAACAAACCGGCCGCUCACGCUUCCGCGUCAAGACAGACGAUCUCCUCACCUUAAAUGUCACCGUCCACAACCGCUCCUCCCGCCCCAUCCACCCUCUCCUCCGUCUCCAACCCAGUCUCCGCCACCAACCAAACAACAUCGCCCUAGACUUAACCCGUCGUCUCGUGUGGACCGGAAUGCUGCAGCAAGCACUCCCUAUCCUGGCCAGCGGCGAGUCCACCAAUGCCUCCAUUGGUGUUACGGUCCUCUGCCGUGGCGAAUACGAGUUUGGUGCAAGCGUUGAGGAAGCCAGACUCUUACGUCCGUCUCUCGACGAUGAUGGUGAUUCCGCUGCUCGCUACAACGACGAUGGUAUCAUGGAUACCUUUGGUGCGGAUGUUGUGCGACGGCGACGCAUUUGGCAUGCAAAGGAGCUGUGUAUCAUCCAUGCCAGCGACUCAUGA